UGUCCCCUGGAGGCACUGAGGGACCGGCUAUGGCGAGUGGGGCCCAGGGAUGCGGCCGUCGGCCCCCGCUCCACCUCGGGCUCCUGCUCCAGCUCGCCGCGCUACUCCGGACGCCGGGGCUCCAGGUCCAGAGCCUCAGGCCGGAGAGCCUCCUGCUAGUGUCCACCCUGGAUGGAAGUCUCCACGCACUGAGCAAGCAGACGGGGGACUUGAAGUGGACGCUGAAGGAUGAUCCCAUCCUCCAAGGGCCAACGUAUGUCACCGAGACAGCCUUUCUCUCAGACCCAGCCGAUGGCGGCCUAUACGUCUUGGGGACCCAGAAACAGCAGGGAUUGAUGGUCGUAUGUGUUUUUCUGCUCUUUCUCCUUCCCGGAAACUUUCCCUCUCAGAGGCUGCCGUUUACCAUCCCCGAGCUGGUUCAUGCCUCCCCGUGUCGCAGCUCUGAUGGCGUCUUCUACACGGGCCGGAAGCAGGAUGCCUGGUUUGUGGUGGACCCUGAGUCGGGAGAGACGCAGAUGACGCUGACCACAGAGGGUCCCUCUACCCCCCGCCUCUACAUCGGCCGAACACAGUACACGGUCACCAUGCAUGACCCCAAGUCCCCGGCCCUGCGCUGGAACACCACCUACCGCCGCUACUCGGCACCCCCCAUGGAUGGCUUGCCUGGGAAAUACAUGAGCCACCUGGCAUCCUGUGGGAUGGGCCUGCUGCUAACCGUGGACCCAGGAAGUGGGGCGGUGCUGUGGACACAGGACUUGGGCAUGCCCGUGAUGGGAAUCUACACCUGGUACCAGGACAGCCUGCGUCAGCUGCCCCAUCUCACGCUGGCUCGGGACACCUUGCAUUUCCUCGCCCUCCGCUGGGGCCACAUCCGACUGCCUGCCUCAGGCGCCCAGGACACGGCUACCUACUUCUCCGCCUUGGACACCCAGCUUCUGAUGACACUGUAUGUGGGGAAGGAUGAAGCUGGCUUCUAUGUUUCUAAAGCACUGGUUCACACAGGGGUGGCGCUAGUGCCUCGUGGACUGACCCUGGCCCCCAUGGAUGGCCCCACCACAGAUGAAGUGACACUCCAAGUCUCAGGCGAGCGAGAGGGCUCACCUAGCACGGCUGUCAGAUACCCCUCAGGCAGUGUGGCCCUCCCUAGCCAGUGGCUGCUCAUUGGACACCACGAACCACCCCCAGUCCUGCAUACCACCAUGCUGAGGGUACAUCCCACCCCAAGGAGUGGCACUGUUGAGAACAGACUCUCAGAGAGCACGCAGCCUCCAGCCCUCUUCCCGGAGCUCCUGAGCCUGAGCCGUGAGCAACCUUGGAGCCCGGAGCUGCAUCCUGAAGAGAAAACCCCAGACCUGUAUCCAGGGCUGGGACCCCAAGACCUGUUGGCAGCUAGCCUCACUGCUGUCCUCCUGGGAGGGUGGAUUAUCUUCCUAAUGAGGCAGCAGCAGCAGCUGGUGGAGAAGCAGCAGCAGGCCCUCCUGGCACCUGCAGACCCUCCUCACAUCACACAGCGUGCUCAGCCCCAGCCACCAGGGGCCAACCCACAGGGCCAGAAGGGCCUUCGAAGCCCCUCAGAGCAAGCCCAGGCAGUCGAAGACCCAGAAGCUGAGCAGCUCACCGUGGUGGGCAAGAUUUCCUUCAACCCCAAGGACGUGCUGGGCCGCGGGGCAGGCGGGACGUUCGUUUUCCGGGGCCAGUUGGAGGGCCGGGCCGUGGCUGUCAAGCGGCUGCUCCGUGAAUGCUUCGGCCUGGUCCGGAGGGAGGUCCAGCUGCUGCAGGAGUCGGACAGGCACCCCAAUGUGCUCCGCUACUUUUGUACCGAGCGGGAACCCCAGUUCCACUAUAUCGCCCUGGAGCUCUGCCAGGCCUCCUUGCAGGAGGUGAGCCAGAGCUCGGAGGGGCGGUGGGGCGCUGGUAGGGUCCCGGGUUGCAGAGUGACUGUCUGUCCCUCACCCCCUCAGUACGUGGAAAACCCUGAGCUGGAGCGCUGGGGCCUGGAGCCCGGGGAGGCGCUGCAGCAGCUGAUGUCCGGCCUGGCCCACCUGCAUUCCCUACACAUCGUGCACAGGGACCUGAAGCCGGCCAACGUCCUCAUCGCGGGGCCUGACGGCCCUGAGGGCCGAGGCAGGGUGGUGCUCUCAGACUUUGGCCUCUGCAAAAAGCUGCCUGUCGGCCGCUGCAGCUUCAGCCUCCGCUCGGGCAUUCCCGGCACGGAAGGCUGGAUGGCACCCGAGCUCCUACAACUGCUGCCCACCGACAGCCCUACAAGCGCAGUGGACAUCUUCUCUGCAGGCUGCGUGUUCUACUAUGUGCUUUCUGGCGGCAGCCACCCGUUUGGAGAGAGUCUUUACCGCCAGGCAAACAUCCUUGCAGGGGCUCCCAGUCUGGCUCACCUGGAGGAAGAGACCCACGACAAGGUGGUUGCCCGGAACCUGGUUGAGACCAUGCUGAACCCCUUGCCGCAGGCCCGCCCCUCUGCUCACCAGGUGCUGGCCCACCCCUUCUUUUGGAGCAGAGCCAAACAGCUCCAGUUCUUCCAGGACGUCAGUGACUGGCUGGAGAAGGAGCCUGAGCAAGGGCCCCUGGUGAGGGCGCUGGAGGCGGGAGGCCCCACGGUGGUCCGGUGCAACUGGCACAUGCACAUCUCCGUGCCGCUGCAGAUAGAUCUGAGAAGGUUCCGGACGUACAAGGGGACGUCGGUGCGAGACCUGCUCCGUGCCAUGAGGAACAAGAAGCACCACUACAGGGAGCUCCCGGCUGAGGUGCGGCAGGCGCUAGGCCACGUCCCGGACAGUUUCGUCCAGUACUUCACAACCCGCUUCCCGCGGCUGCUGCUCCACACGCACGCGGCCAUGAGGAGCUGUGCCUCUGAAAGUCUCUUCCUGCCCUACUAUCCGCCGGCCUCGAGGCCCAGGGAGCCGUGCCCAGGGGCCGCUGGGAGCUGAGACAAGGAGUUGGGCCCGGGGCCAAGUCUGGCCUCAGCGUCAGAAGAGACGGACAGAGACUUGGCAGCCUGGGGCUUCUGGAGCAAAGAUGUGCCCAGAGCCCAGGCACCC